GAGUUCAGAUAAAUAGAAUCUUCAUUGCUAUAUUUGUUUUUAGAUAUUAUUAUUUGUUUUUGUGUCUUAUUUUGGUUUCAUUCCCAUUAAUUUAGUCUUAAACUAUCACUCUCCAAUUUAAUCUCAUAAGUUCAUAUCAAAUAUAUGAAAUCCAUCAAUUUAAUCUCUUAUAUGAGCAAAUUUGUUAAUUUAGUCUCUCACAUCACAUAUCUUCAUAGCAGAGACACUGAAAUGAUGGAUUUUAUCCACUUUAUUGACUAUUGAUUCCUGGUUUGCCGUGACCAGAAUUGAUUUUGACAUGUUGGUUUGUUUUUGAGUAAAAUUGAUUUUGCCUCCAGAAUUAAUUAUAACUUGAAGCUAUGAUCUGUAGCUUUUGAGUCUAAACGUGAUUUUUACAUUGAAAUUUAUUGUUCAACUCGCUUUUACAUAAAUGUGUCCAAACAUAAACCAUUUUACUUUCAACUCACUUUUAAGUAAAAUCAAUUCAUCUAAAAUCUAUUUUUGUCACUGCAGAACCAAAUGUACACUAAAUUGGAGAAAGUGUGAUGCUUUAAGACUAAAUUGAUGUUUUAUAUAUAAUUCUCUAUUGAAGAGUCUUCCAUUUCACCUGUCAUUUUAGUGCAUCUGGUGUUAUGUAAGGUGGAUAAAAAUUGCUGAAAUGAAAAUAAUAGAUAAAUGAAGAUGAUGAUGUUUUAGAAUACAUUCAUUUAUCAUGAUAUUCUUAUGAAAUGGAAAGUAUUACUUUAUGUGUUGUGCUAAGACAGAAGAUUUGAGGGUUAUCUGAUGCCGCAACAGCUUGUCGUUUCAUUUCAUUAAAUUUAGUAUGAUUUUUUAUUGAGCUUUUCAUUUCUAUCCGGGUGCUGGAAUUCAGAGGUAUGGAUCUGGACUUAUCUAAACUUUUUGGAGAGACAAAUAUGUUUUUAUUCCAUAUGUCUGUUUGGAUUGAAUUAUUUGAGCUUAUUGUCUGAAAAUAUUUGAGAGGUUCUAGAAAUAGCUUAUGAUAUGUCCAUAAGCUGUUUUCAGCUUAUUUCUUUAAGCUCUUCAAGAUAUAGCUUAUGAGAACAGCUUAUAUGAAAACAAUUUGACUUUAUUUUACCGUUUGUUAUAGAAAUAGCUUAUACAGAAGCAUUUAUAUGAUAAGCGCAUAUGGUAUAAGCAAUUAAUUAAGUUGUUUAUCCAACUAGACAAUCUGUUAACAAUUACUAUAACUUCUGUAAACAAGUACUUGUUUUGCUCCCCAUGAUAAGUGUGGGGGUGUGAGUGCAUAAGUUUGUUUCGAUCUCUUGGGUGGAGUAACCACCAGAACUUGAUGGGUGAAGUGCUCAUGAUACGGAGAAUCCACAAUUCACUCAACAAGGGGAUUGGGUUUGUGCAUUCCUGAUAACUCCUCACCUAGUUGUUUUUUGAGUGUGGUUGAUAAUAAUUUAGGCUGAUACAAUGAACAAUAAUGUUGGGAAAAAAAGUUUGGCAGAACAAAAUCACGCGCUUAAUGACAGAAAGAGUCUCAAUAAUAGAGUAGUUAAUGAAGGGCCAGGGUCUGAAUCAUCAACUGGAAAUGACACUAGAUUUAGUAAGGUAACCAAAGAUGGAAACAGUGGGUUGAAGGGAUCGAUUCGAAUCAAUGAGAGGUUGCAGAUUUCACAACAACCACCACCUCGUAAUCCAGUUACAUACUGGGAAAAAUUUCUCCCUGUUACAUCAAUAAAAGUUCUGCUGGUGGACGAUGAUGAUUCAACACGCAACGUUGUGUGUGCUUUGUUAAGGAAUUGUGGCUAUGAAGUCAAUGCUGUUUCCAAUGGUCUUCAAGCGUGGAAAGUCCUAGAAGAUCCAGGAAAUCACAUUGAUCUUGUUCUAACAGAGAUAGCUAUGCCUUUUGUAACGGGAAUAGGUCUUUUGUGCAAGAUAAUGAGUCACAAAACUCUAAAGAAUAUUCCUGUGAUUAUGAUGUCAUGUCAUGAUUCUAUGGGUAUAGUGUUUAAGUGUUUGUCAAAAGGCGCAGCUGAUUUUUUAGUCAAACCUAUUCGGAGGAACGAACUUAAAAACCUCUGGCAACAUGUUUGGAGAAGAUGCCAUAGUUCUAGUGAUAGUGGGAGUGAAAGUGGAACAAACACCCGGAAAUUUGCAAAGUCAAGAAGCAUUUGUGCAUUUGACAACAAUACUGGUAGCAGUGAUGAGAAUGAUUAUGGAAGCAGAGGCUUGAGUGUUCAAGAUGGAAGUGACAAAGGAAGUGGAACUCAGAGUUCAUGGACUACAAAUCUAGCUCAAGUUAGCAGCAGCUCUCGUCCAGUUUCAACUCAUAAUCAAUCUCAUGAUGCUCCUGAUAGCACGUGUGCCCAAGUGGUGCAUACAAAGCCUGAAAACAUUCGUAGUAUGUGUGUACAUGCCACAGAAAAAGAGUUCCAUGAACCAAUUGAUCAUCCUGAUGAUAUUGCAAUGGGUAAAGAUUUGGCUAUGGGAAUAUCUUUGAACACACAACAAAAACAUGCACUUCAGGAAUUAUCUAACAAUCCAAUGCGUAAAGGGGUUAAUAAGAUGUCUGAUAUAGAUGGUAUGCAGCUCAAUAAAGGACAGAGUAAUGUCUGUGAAAAAGUACAACUGGAAGAGGACAGUGAUAAAAAUAGGAUGCAGGAAAAUCAGGGUACAAAUUUUGGUGUUGCUGAUAGCAGCAGUCCACAUGCUGAAAGCAGAGAUUUGAACACUUCAAAUGGUUUUUCUGGUUUUGCAAAAACAAAAGCAAGUUGUUGCUUCAAACAGCAUCCAUCACUUGAACUAACAUUGGAAAGGAUGGGAGAAGUAAAAGAUGAUGAACAUGUCACAGGUGAUGAAUGUAAUGUUUUGAGACAUUCAAAUCUAUCAGCAUUCUCCAAAUAUAAUACAGCUUCUGCUUACCAGGCUCAAACUGGAAAUGUAGGAAGCUGUUCCCCACUAGACAAUAGCUCAGUUGCUCCAAUUACAGACACAAUACACAACUUCACAUCUCAUUCAAAUGCCACUCCUCCAAAUCAGCAGUCUAAUGGAAGCAACAACAUUAAUGACCUGAAUUCCACUAAUACAUAUCUUAGCACGAAACCUGAAAAUUUUGACAAGAAACCCAAGUCUGCUGGAGGGAUUGACUCUUUUAUUUCUUCUGAAUUCCAAACUGUGCAAAAUAAUAGUAUUUCUGCACCUCAGAAGAAGACUUCUUCCCAGGAUGAAUAUGCCGGAAUUGUUAAAGAACAGGUGCGAGGUUCUGAACAAGGGUUCCAAGUUGAGCACACUCACCAUCAACUUCAACAUUGUAAUCGCAUCGCCGAUAAGGCUGCAGUAGAUCUCCAAUCAGUUCAUGAUCUCUUGCUGAAAAGCACGACCAAAGAUGCUCAACAAUGUACGUUAUCAAAUGCGCUUGGAGGGCCAGCAGAAAGUAAUGGUACCAACUAUGGUUUGGAUGGAAGUGCAGUUGAGAGUGAUCAUGGGAGUAAUGGAAAGGGUGGAAGCAACACUUUGACAAUUAGAAUGAUAAAUGUGGAAAAUCAUGAUGUGGCAGCUGGGAGCAUUGGAGUUGGUGCAAUUGAUAGAAUAAACAUUGGAAUUGUGUCAUAUGCAGAACGAAUUGCAUUGAGGGAGGCUGCCUUGACAAAAUUUCGUCAAAAGAGAAAAGAAAGAUGCUUUGACAAAAAGGUUAGAUAUCACAGCAGGAAAAAAUUGGCAGAUCAGCGGCCACGUGUUAGGGGACAAUUUGUUAAACAAAUAGUGUCUGAUACCAAAGAAGAAGAAAUCAAAGAAAGCGAGGAACUUGUAUCUAUGGAUAAUUCUAGCGAUGUUCCACAACAAUACCAAUCAAAAUGUUGAUCAUUAUUCGACUGAUUUCGUUCCAGCAACUGCAUCUAGCUUCUUUGCACGUUCACCUCAGAAGAAGCUUGGAGUUUUGUGUAAUAGAAUCUGUGAGUAGAUAGGCAUCUUUUUUACGGGAAAACAUGACAUUUAAUUUGAAACUUCAAGACAAUGCUCUAGAUUCAAUUUAUGGUUGUGAACAUAAAAACUCCAAUGGGCCCCAUGUUCAUGUCGGUUAUGUUUCAUACUUGUUCAUGUCUAUAUUCUGCACAUAGUGAUUGUGUAUCAAAAGCAGGGAUUUAGUUACUCUAGAGUUAAAUGUUUAACCUCUAGAAACUAAAGUAUGAGGAUAGCUGCUGAUUGUAAUAUAAACAGUUAAGUGAUAAAAUAUACAUGCAUGUGAAACAAUUUGUGAA